UACCAGUUAAACGAUCAUAAUGCUCUAACCGACUUACUACGCCUCAACCACUGCCAACUGGAAGAAGCAGAGAAAAUCCUGACAGCUCAUGAAAAGUUCACUGAAUUAGUGAUAUUGUACCAAAUAAAAGGACAGCAUCGGAAAGCCCUGCAACUGCUGAAAGAACAGGCGAAGCACUCCGAUUUUGAGCAAAAGGGAAUUCGCAUGACGAUCGAAUAUUUGCAAACAAUGGGGACCGAAAACUUGGAUAUUAUCUUCGAGUUUUCUGACAGCAUCCUAAAAGAUCAUCCCAAAGAAGCUCUGAAAAUAUUCACAGAAGACAAAAUAGAAGUAAAAAACCUUCCCCGUCAAAGUAUUUUGGAUUUUCUAAAAAGAAAACACAAAUCCCUAGUUGUACCUUAUUUGGAACAUAUUAUUCAUGCGUGGAAUGAAAGUAAUGCUUUGUUUCAUGACGAAUUAAUAAACAAAUAUAGGGAGGGCAUAAUGAAUAAAGAAGCUAACAGUAAAGAAGAGCUCGACCAUACAAAGUCAAACCUGCUGGCAUUUCUAGAGACAUCUUCUCAUUACACCCCGGAGUGUGUAAUAAGGCACUUCCCGACCGACAGUCUGUUUGAAGAGAGAGCCGCCAUCUUGGAAAGAUUGGAGAGACAUGAACAAGCGCUCGCUAUUUAUAUACACAUCUUAGGUGACGUCAGCCGCGCCGUACAGUACUGUGAGAAAACUCACAACAGCCACGACGAAGAUACCCGCGACAUAUACAUCUUACUUCUUCAAUUCCUUAUGAACCCGCAUCAGGGCCCGGUUGGGCCGAUGGCCAAAAUUCCGAGACACGCAAGGACCUCGGAACCGGAUCUAGAGACGGUGCUUCGUAUACUGGAGAAGCAUGCGGACAAAAUAUGUCCUAUUAAGGCUUUGUCCGUACUGCCCGACUCCGUGCCGCUCUCGAGAUUAAAGUAUUACCUUCAAUACACUCUGGACUACCAACUCGCACUUAAACGCAGCACUCAAGUGCUGAAAGGAUUGCUGUAUGCGGAACAAGAACAGAUAGAAGAGUUGAAAGAAUACUACGAAUCAAAGAGUAUCCUGAUCUCCGAGUACAAUGUGUGUCGAGUCUGCAAGAAAAAGUUUAGCAACCAAAAUGCCCUCAUGCGAUACCCCAACGGCGCCGUCGUACACUACUCGUGUGGCUUAAGCAAGUGAUUGAUCAAUGACGAAGGCGUGAUGGAGAAUAGUAAUUAAGGUAUAAACUAAGGUUGUUCAGUUCCGUUCCAGAUUACUUUGCAAAGAAAAAUGUUUUUCAGUUUAUUAUAAUUCUUCAUAUCUUAUAUCUCCAGUUUUAGAUCAUAAUAUACUAUGUUUAGAUUAAGUACUAGCCAAAAACGGCACUUGCAACAUUGCUGACAUAUUGCAUACUCUUAUGUCUAAAGCGCGCGGUUGUGUCGUGUUAUAAACGCAGCGUUGAACGCAUGUAGAGAAAAUAACUUUAGUCCUAGCUAGCUAUAAGAAUACUUGCAAUACCCUUAUCAGGAUGCCAUGUGUUUCUAUAAUUUAAAUGUAAUAAAAUAACUAUGUACCAUGGCUCGCAAUAAAUGAUUUCUGAUUUCUGAAAUGAUAAUGCGCUUCCCGCUGUGUUUACCGCGUAAAACAAUGUAGCAUCAUUUAGUGGAAAUAGUGGCAGUGACUCUGCAACUUUUUCUUAAAAGCGCCACUUAGCACAGUUGU